AUGAGCGCAACUUCCACCCGCCGCCGCUUCCUAUUCUCGCUUCAGUGGAAAGGCAAACGCCGGGAGGCUGCUUUCAGAGCCACCCCCGGGAUGGGCUCUCUGGCGGCCCUGCAGACGGUGCUGGUGCUGGGCCUGGUGACCGGGCUGGCAGGCUGCGUUCCCGGGCUGAACGGCACGGCGGACCGCUGGGAGGCUCUGUACUCCCGCUCCCUGGCGCGGAUCCCGGGCGAGAAGCGGGAGGAUGUCAGCCGGAACGGAGACUAUCUGCUGGGCAUUAAAAGGCUGCGGAGACUCUAUUGCAACGUUGGGAUCGGCUUUCAUAUCCAGGUGUUACCGGACGGUAGAAUAACGGGUGUACACAGCGAAAACCGCCACAGUGUCCUGCAGAUCUCCCCGGUGGAGCGAGGGGUGGUGACCCUGCUGGGGGUCCGCAGCAGAUUCUUUGUGGCCAUGAACUGGCGGGGGAAGCUGUACGGAUCUUUACACUACAACAACGAGUGUAAGUUCAGAGAGAAGCUCCUCGCCAACAACUACAACGCCUACGAGUCCAUUGCCUACCCGAGGAUGUUCAUGGGACUGAGUAAGAACGGCAAAACAAAAAGAGGAAACCGAGUGUCACCCGCCAUGACCGUGACACAUUUCUUGCCAAGAAUCUAGUGGCCGCAUAAAUAGACUCACAUGGGGGGGAACCAUGAUGCACUUUCACUCCAAGCUUUAUGCAAGUGUAUCAUAUUUGAUCUUUUGCUUUGUAUAUAUUCAUUUUUUUAUUUAUGUUUAACCAGUUUUGUAUUUUUGUUAGGGUAGGGUAUCUUGUCACCGGUGAGUAAGAUGAAAGAUUCUCAACACAUUAUUUAUGCUUUCUUUUUCUAAUUUAUCACAUAUUUGCUGCUACUGAAUGAAAUCCUGUCUUUGGAUGUUGGUUGUCUUUGCACUGAUGGGAUAUUAUGCAGUGCACAGCAGAGGUUUAUGGUCUAACUAUGGUUUUUUUAAUGAUUUUUACACAACAUGCCCGUUUUGAGUCUUAGCUUAAAAAGUCAAUGAGGCGGGACUGUCUUCGGUGUUCGAAGUGACACUGAUUGCCAAAUGCUCCAACUCCUUUGUGUGGCACUGGAGCCUAAUUGAAACAGUAUC